CCGGAAGUACAUUUUUUGGGGGUGGAUGCUUAUUGUGUUGACUGGCUAGCAAAGUAAGUGCCGAGCCAACUACCAUUGCCUUGCUUUCUUUCAAUACCUCUGGUAUUUUAUAUUCAUUCGAAUAGCCACAUAUACAGUAAAUGCUACAUCUUAUAUCUCGAAAUUAUAUUUAAAAAAAAUGCAUUAGGUAGAGACCACAACAUCCAACAGCAACGUUUGCUAGCAUGCUAACACAGACAAAAGUGGUUUAGUUACCUGUAUCUUUGCAGCUAAUUUGAGCGAUUUUUCCUUUUGAUAUACGGAAUCGUAACACUGACCAACCUGAACAAACGUAUCUAAAAGUUACUAUCUCUUAACUGUAGCUAGCUGCUCAUAGACACUUUGCCAUGAUGUCCGCAGCCAUCAUAACUUUCCAGUCUCAGCUCUCCGGAGUCAUGGAGACGGUCCUUAAGUCAGCCAUGUACGAGAUCACCAGGCUGGUGGAGGAUAGUUUCCUGGAGGAGGUGUCCCGGAGCCGGGAACAGGUCGAGUCACUGAAGACGCGGCUGCAGUGGUCGGAGAACAGAGAGGGAGGCCAGAGGGGGAAGUGUGGGGACUGUGGGAGAGCUGGCAAGGAAGGUGAAGAGAUAAGCUUAGGAACUUCACAGACAGGUGUGGAGAGGGGGCGUGGCCUGAAGCAGGAGAAGGUACAAGGGGAGGAGUGGAGCAGCUGUGGGGGCGUGGCCGGGGAAACAACCUUCAAUGAUCUGGAGGAGGCUGAGGCCACCAGCCCUAAGAGAACCUCUGAGUCCACAGAGGUCACAGGUCAGAAGUUGGACAGUCUGCUGAAAGAGGAGGCUCUCCACAAUACUGAGCUACAGGAGAGAUGGGAGUUCUGCCUGGACGAGGCUGAUGGUUUGGAUGUCUCUGGGCCCAGUAAGAGUUUUAUUCAGCAGGAGCUACAGCAGUGCCAGGAUGAGUGGGGAUCCAGUCUAGACCAGAGGCCUGAACCACCAGGCCCAGAGGGAGACCAAAGAAAACCUAUCGACCCUCUCUACCGUCCCCACUACAGCAUGGAGGAACUAGGGGGUGACUUUGAGAAGUCUGGUUAUGACAGUCUUAGUAGUGGAGGCCAUCUUAUAGACAUGGAAGGGCUGGAUAGGCUUCCUGGUUCUCCGUCUCGUCUGGGGGCGCUGAGCUACGGAGCUGUGGGUCACUACCAGGUGAACCUGGGGGGGUCUGAGGGGGGAGACCAUCACCAUCGCUCCCACAUGCCUGGCUCCCAUCAGAGACGGAGGGAGCAGGUGGAGUCGCCAACGCCACCCCCCCACCCGGUGGUGGGAGACCUGAACUGCCUGUUGAUCAACGAGGAGGGGUACUUGCAGGACUCCAGUGUCUUGUACCCUGAACACGGUGUCCCAGAGUCGGGUAACAGAGCUGGCCACAGGGGGCUAACCUCCAUCCACUCUGGAAGCUCUGCCCACAACAACACAGAGAGCCCGGAUGAUGCCGCUGACGAUUUUGGACACUCUCUAAACCUCAGAGAUUGUUCACAAGAGCAAGUAACAGGAGGAGGGGGGAGGCGUCAUGCCUGCACUCAAUGUACCAUGAGCUUCCCAGACUCUGGUUCCCUCAAGUCCCACAAGCAGACACACAAAACGGGGAGAGGGUUGAGUUCAGCAUCUGGGCCUCCGUACUCCUGCACCCAGUGCGGUAAGACCUUCACCCAGGCCUGCAACCUCAAGGUCCACCAGCGAGUCCACCAGGCAGAGGGACUUCACCUCUGCAGCCACUGCUCCAAGGGCUUCACCUCCUUCUCCGACCUGAAGAGGCACAAGUGCAGCCAGACGACAGACAAGCCCUACUGCUGCUCCAUCUGUGGGAACAAGUUCAGUCGGCUCUGGAACCUCAAGCUGCAUCAGCGCAUUCACACGCAGGAGAAACCUCACCGCUGCACUAUGUGUGACAAGAGCUUCACGAGGGUGGACAUUUUGAAAGUACACCAGCGCACGCACACUGGGGAGAGACCGUACUGCUGUGCUGUGUGUGGACUCAGCUUCAAACGACUGGCCCAUCUAAAGUUACACCAGCACAAACACAGGCCGAAUUUCCUGGCCUGAGCGGUGGUCUAGAACAGUGGUUUCCAAACUGUGAGGCAUGGGGUCCUCCAAUUUCUUUUAAAUAUAUAUAUACUUAUAGUACAUUCAAAAGUUUGGACACACCUACUCAUUCAAGGAUUUUUCUUUAUUUUUUACAAUUUUCUACAUUGUAGAAUAAUAGUGAAGACAUCAAAUCUAUGAAAUAACACAUAUGGAAUCAUGUUGUAACCAAAAAAGUGUUAAACAAAUCAAAAUAUGAUUUAUUUUUUAAAUAUUUAUUUAUAAAGUUUCUUCAAGUGCAGUCGCAAAACCAUCAAUCACUAUGAUGAAACUGAAUCUCAUGAGGACCGCCACAGAAAAGGAAGACCCAGAGUUACUUCUGCUGCAGAGAAUAAGUUCAUAAGAGUUAUCUGCCUCAGAAAUUGCAGCCCAAAUAAAUAAAAUAAAUCAAGUAACAGACCAUCUCAACAUCAACUGUUCUGAUGAGACUGCAUGAAUCAGGUCGUCGUGGUCGAUGACAUUAGAUGGAUUGGACAUUAGACCGGUGGAAAUCUGUCCUUUAGUCUGAUGAGUCCAAAUUUGAGGAUUUUGGUUCCAACCGCAUGUGUGGGUCCUACCGUGAAGGAUGGAGGAAGUGGUGGUGUUUUGCUGGUGACACUGUAUGUGAUUUAUUUUGAAUUCAAGGCACACGUAACCAGCAUGGCUACCACCACAUUCUGCAGUGAUAUGCCAUCCCAUCUGGUUUGCACUUAGUGGGACUAUCAUUUGUUUUUCAACAGGACAAUGACCCAACACACCUCCAGGCUGUGUAAGGGUUAUUUGACCAAGAAGGAGAGUAAUGGAGUGCUGCAUCAGAUGACCUGGCCUCCACAAACACCUGACCUCAACCCAAUUGAGAUGGUUUGGGAUGAGUUGGACCACAGAGUGAAGGAAAAGAAGCCAACAAGUGCUCAGCAUAUAUGGGAACUCCUUCAAGACUGUUGGAAAAGCAUUCCAGGUGAAGCUGGUUCAGUGAAUGCCAAGAAUGUGCAAAGCUGUAAUCAAGACAAAGGGUGGCUAUUUGAAGAAUCUCAAAUAUAAAAUAUAUUUGGAUUUGUUUAACACUUUUUUUUGGUUACUACAUGAUUCCAUGUGUUAUUUCCUAAUUAUAAUGUCUUCACUAUUAUUCCACAAUGUAGAAAAAGAGCAGAAAUAAAAACCCUUGAUGUGUAGGUGUUCUAAAACUUUUGACCGGUAGUGUGUGUAUGUACAUACAUACAGUGCCUUCGGAAAGUAUUCAGACCUCUUGACUUUUUCCACAUUUUGUUACUUACAGCCUUAUAAAAUUGAUUAAUGUUUUUUUCCCCUCAUCAAUCUACACACAAUAUCCCAUAAUGAUGGGGAGUGUUGCUGCACAGCUAUUUUCAGGUCUCUCCAGAGAUGUUUGAUCAUUUACAUUUAAGUCAUUUAGCAGACGCUCUUAUCCAGAGCGACUUACAAAUUGGUGCAUUCACCUUAUGACAUCCGAUCAGGUUCAAGUCUUGUCUUGGCUGUGUGCUUCGGGUCAUUGUCCUGUUGGAAGGUGAAACUUCGCCCCAGUCUGAGAUCCUGAGCGCUCGGUAGCAGGUUUACAUUAAGGAUUGCUAUGUACUUUGCUCCAUUCAUCUUUCCCUCGAUCCUGAACAACAUCCCCACAGCAUGAUGCUUCCACCACAAUGCUUCACCGUAUGGAUGGUGGCAGGUUAGAUGUGAAGCUUGGCUUUUUAUUUUAUUUAUUUCACCUUUAUUUAACUAGGCAGGCCAGUUGAGAAGAAGUUCUCAUUUACAACUGCGACCUGGCCAAGACAAAGCAAAGCAGUGCGGCAAAAAUAACAACACAAAGUUACACAUAAACAGACAGUCAAUAACACAGUAGAAAAAUCUGUAUACAGCGUGUGAACAUUUAGAAGAGUAGGGAGGUAAGGCAAUAAAUAGGCCAUAGAGAAGAAAUUAUUACAAUUUAGCAUUAACACUGGAGUGAUAGAUGUGCAGAUGAUGAUGUGCAAGUAGAGAUACUGGGGUGCAAAAGAGCAAGAGGAUAAAUAAUAUGGGGAUGAGGUAGUUGGGUGUUCUAUUUACAGAUUGGCUGUGUACAGCUACAGUGAUCUGGCAUUCAUGACAGAAUUCUAUCUUGGUUUCAUUAGAUCAGAUAAUAUUGUUUUUCAUGGUCUGAGAGUCUUUAGGUGCCUUUUGACAAACUCCAAGCGGGCUGUCGUGUCUUUUACUGAGGAAUGGCUUCUGUAUGGCCACUACCAUAAAGGCCUAUUUGUGGAGUGCUGCAGUGAUGGCUGCCCUUCUGGAAUGUUCUCCCAUCUCCACAGAGUAACCCUGGAGCUCUGUCUGAGCUCUGAGUGACCAUCAGGUUCUUGGUCAUCUCCCUGACCAAGGCCCUUCUCACCCGAUUGCUCAGUUUGGCUGGGCGGCCAGCUCUAGGAAGAAUGAUGGAGGCCACUGUGUUCUUGUGGACCUUCAAUGCUGCAGAAAUGUUUUGGUACCCUUCCCCAGAUCAGAGUCUCGACACAAUCCUGUCUCGGGGCUCUACGGACAAUUCCUUCGACCUCAUGGCUUGGUUUUUGCUCUGACAUGCACUGUCAACUGUGGGACCUUAUGUAGACAGGUGUGUGCCUUUUACAAAUCAUGUCCAAUCAAUUGAAUUUACCACAGGUGGAAUCCAAUCAAGUUGUAGAAACAUCUCAAGGAUGAUCAAUGGAAACAGGAUGCACCUGAACUCAAUUUCGAGUCUCAUAGCAAAUGGUCUGAAUACAAUUUUUUUUAUACAUUUGCACAAAUUUCUAAAAACCUAUUUUCGGUUUCUCAUUAUGGGGUAUUCUGUGUAGAUUGAUGUUGAUUUUACUUUAUUUAAUCAAGGCUGUAAUGUAACAUUUGGAACAGUCAAGGGGUCUGAAAUCCUUUCCGAAGGCACUGUAUAUACUCAGUCCAGCUCUUUAAGUUGUAAUAGUGGAAUGCACAAGGUGCAAUUUAGAAAUUGGGUAGUGCAUCAUCAGUUCCUCUUGUCAUGUUAGUCUUUACAUACCUUAGAGAGCUAUUUAUAACUUGUCAGAAAUGUCCAGAUCAAUGAGCCCAUGUCAACUAACGUUUUUUAAAUUUAUAUCUUACAAAAAUAUAAACAUCAUGCAACAAUUUUACUGAGUUACAGUUCAUAUAAGGAAAUCAGUCAAUUUAAAUAAAUUCAUUAGGCACUAAUCUAUGGAUUUCACAUGACUGGGCAGGGGAGCAGCCAUGGGUUGGCCUGGGAGGGCAUAGGCCCACCCACUGGGAGCCAGAUCCAGCCAAACAUAAUUAUUACAGACAAAAAUACUCCUCAGUUUCAACAGCUGUCUGGGUGGCUGGUCUCAGACAAUCCCGCAGGUGAAGAAGCCGGAUGUCGAGGUCUUGGGCUGGCAUGGUUACACUUGAUGUUGUGAAGCUAGUUGGAUGUACUGCCAAACUAUUGAAAAGUAUGUUGGAGGUGGCUUAUGGUAGAGAAAUGAACAUUAAAUUAUCUGGCAACAGCUCUGGUGGACAUUCCUGCAGUCAGCAUGCCAAUUACACGCUCCCUCAAAAUCUGAGACAUCUGUGGCAUUGUGUGCCAAAACUGCACAUUUUAGAGGUCUUUUAUUGUCCCUAGCUCAAGGUUCACCUGUGUAAUGAUCAUGCUGUUUAAUCAGCUUCUUGAUAUGCAACACCUGUCAGGUGGAUGGAUUAUCUUGGCAAAAGAGAAAUGCUCACUAACAGGGAUGUAUACAAAUUUGUAUACAACAUUUGAGAGAAGUAAGCUUUUUGUGUGAAUGGAACAUUUCUGGGAUCUUUUAUUUCAGCUCAAGAAAAAUGAGAUCAACUCUACAUAUAUUUACAUUUUUGUUCAGUAUAGGUUAUUUAGCCCAUAGAUCUUGACAAGUUUGUCAGUCAAAUAACACAUGAAUACACAUUAGACAUGGCCAAAUGUAUAGAAUUGCAAGAAAAUGAGCUUUAAAACAGCAACAUUUCCUUUGCACCCCAUGACAAAAUGUGUAGAAUUGCAGGAAAUAAGCUUUAAAGGCAGCAACAUUCUCUCCACCAACAAGAGCGGCGUGAACAGUUAGUGUCAUGAACAGUGCUAGUGCCAAUAGAAAUAGACGUGUUAGAUCCUGGGUUAAACUGGGAACAUUGUUAUACUCAGAAGGAUAGUAUCUAACAGUGAGGGACUGGUUUUUACAUCAGAAGUUAAUGGUUAUCUGUAGGAGGCAGAUGGCUUUGGGAUGUCUAGGGGAGACGGGUGGAGAUCUUAGAACCUAACAAUGUCACUGAGGGAGAGAGGGCAGUGUAUAACAUCUACAUUAUGUCAGGAUAUGUUAUUGUUAGCCAUCAGGGAUCCUCUGGGAGGAGAAGAGACACUGUCUGAUAUCAUUCACCAUGACAGCAUUGAUUUGAGGAGACUCAGCCUAGGAGAAAGGGUUAAAUAUCAGUGCUUGUGUGAAAUGUUGUUUGUCUGAAUGCAGCUCUAUCGACCCUUUGGGAAGAAUUAAACUUGGUAAAGCUUU